CACGAGUCGGACGGCGCUACACUGCAAGAGAGGGGCUUCACAGGGAGAAAUACAGUCGGCAUAUAAUGGAAAGUGAACAGGUUGGCGUGUUCGCCCUAUAAGUUGAGGACCGUCCGAGUGAAUUCGACUAUUUAAUGGAGUUUCAAGUCCAGCGUGUGUGAUUGACGCGUCCGUACAGAUGCUGGCCGCUCCGGUCGCGCCGGGGGAAGGAGAGGUUUUGACACCGUUAGAUUUGUUGUUAUUAUAAUCAGCUGACCGGUGCUGAAAUCGCUCCGUUUACGGUUUUCUAAAAAGCGGCGAUGAGCGCUUGUCAGGACAAAACGUCGUUGAGUUGUUCGCGAAGCAGGGAAAAUGUCAGCGGCGGUGAAUGGGGAAGGAUGGAGGAUGCGUGCGCGUCCUGCUUUGACGAAGCCACGGGCGACGCGAUACGCGCCGGGAUGGAUGCGGUGCAGCCGGGCAUAGACGGACAUCUGCCGCUGCCCCGAGGCCAACGAGGACUGAUGCUAGGCCUGGUGGAAGAGGGUUUCGCCGCCUAUCAUGGCCGUCUCGGUUCUGAUCCGGACUCAGAUUAUCUCGACAUCCCCAGCGUCCCGAACUACAGCGAAAGUAACGGGAACGUCGCCACGAAAAAGCGCAGCAGCUCCAACAGCUCGCGGCACCGCGGGGAAGUUGUCACGGAACUCGGACCCGAAGAGGUGCGCUGGUUCUACAAAGAGGACAAGAGGACCUGGAAGCCGUUUGUUGGACACGAUUCUUUGAAAAUCGAGUUGGCGUAUCGCAAAUUCUGUGAACUUAACCCGAACGAGGUCAGACGGAGGGAUGUGGGUGAAGAAGCAGAGAAUUUAUUCGAGUCAUCGUCAGGAUGCGAAGCACCGGCGGUCCGAAGACAGUCGGCGGCGGCGGUGGCAGCGCAACCGGUGCCCGAGAGCGCGGAUGCUGGAUGCUCAACAGACGAGACGGAGCUGGAUUCAGAAAGCAUCAACGUGGACGCAGUGUGCGUCCGUGGAGGACUCUACGAGGUGGACAUCAAAAAGAAAGACUGUUAUCCUGUAUACUGGAACCAACAGGACCACAUUCCGGUCAUGAGAGGCCAGUGGUUCACGGAUGGGACCUGGUUGCCGCUGGAGGAAGAGGACAGUGACCUCAUUGAACUGGAGCAUCUGGCCCGUUUCCGAGGCCAGCAGAUGAAAGACACCUUUGACACGGAAGCGGUGGCCACCACGGUGGACAGCAAAGAUGCCAUUCACAGUCUGAAACUGAGCCGGAGCCACGUGGACUGGCACAGCGUGGAUGAAGUGUACCUUUACAGCGAUGCUACCACUUCUAAGAUCGCACGGACUGUUACUCAGAAACUGGGAUUCUCUAAAGCGUCCAGCAGCGGGACCCGUCUCCAUCAAGGUUACGUGGAGGAGGCGGCUCCAGAGGACACGCCUCCUGAAACAACGCACAUAGUCUUUGUGGUACAUGGGAUUGGCCAGAAGAUGGAUCAGGGGCGUAUCAUUAGAAAUACAAGCAUGAUGCGUGAUGCUGCCCGCAAGAUGGAGGAGAAGCACUUUUCUGAGCGAACAAAUGAACACGUUGAGUUCCUUCCUGUGGAAUGGCGAUCUAAACUCGCCCUUGAUGGAGACACCGUGGACUCCAUUACUCCAGACAAAGUGCGAGGUCUGAGAGACAUGCUGAACAGCAGUGCAAUGGACAUUAUGUACUACACGAGCCCUUUGUACAGGGAUGAGAUCACCCGAGGUCUGACCAAAGAGUUGAACCGACUCUACACGCUCUUUUGUGAGCGCAACCCAGAAUUUGCAGAGAAAGGAAAGGUGUCCAUCGUCUCCCACUCGCUCGGCUGUGUCAUCACCUUUGACAUUAUGACAGGGUGGGACCCUGUGCGCUUUGUUCAUGAAGAGGUGCCAGAUGCCAUGGAGGCUGAUGUUAGCAGACAAGAGCGCCAGCUACUGGAGGACCUUCGUAACACAUGCUUAAGAAUGAGGAAUUUGGAAGAUACGCUUCGGCAUUUACAAACCUCAUCCUCAAAACCCUUUCCAGCCCUGAAAUUCAAGGUGGAGAACUUCUUCUGCAUGGGAUCUCCUCUGGCUGUGUUUUUGGCUUUGCGAGGGGUCCGUCCUGGAACCAACGGAACACAGGACCACUUCCUCCCCAAAUCCAUCUGCCAGAGGCUUUUCAACAUCUUUCAUCCCACGGAUCCUGUAGCAUACAGGUUGGAGCCUCUCAUCCUGAAGCAUUAUAGUAAUAUAUCACCUGUUCAGAUUCACUGUGUAGCAUGGCGCAUUAUCCUGUUGGUAACGGCCAUCACUGGCAGGGAACACAGUUGCUAUGAAUGGGUGCACUUGGUCCGCAACGAUGUUCAGAUACCUGACAGCUUCGUUGUGAACAAUGUGCGGCAGUGUCCUAUCCCCUCUGGCAUCAGUGAGCUGCGGAUGACACACGGCCGGACGACGGUUCUUCGUUUGGCCAUCUGUGCACCACUUUUGAUACGAGCGGCAAGUAUAGGUAAAGGCAUUGGCGGUAUCCUGUUCUCCAGAUUUUCCCGCUCUAGUGGACAGGUGUGUGGUGUGGAGGAGGAGCCAUUAGACUCUGAAGGCGGGGCUUGUGAGAAAGGGGAAGAGUGUCGGCCUGUGGAGUUAGACGAUAAACUGGAGGAGAAGACAGAGGAGAAAAUUGAGGAGAAGACAGGAGACACCAGCAUGUCACAAUCAGCCUCUACCAUUAUGGAUAACUCAUCCUUGGAGCUUGAGAAACGCAUCGACUUUGAGCUGAGGGAGGGUCUGGUGGAGAGCCGCUACUGGUCAGCGGUGACGUCGCACACAGCCUAUUGGUGCUCCCACGAUGUGGCUCUGUUUCUGUUAACAUUCAUGUACAGGCCAAAUGAAGCGAAUGACAUGCCAGAGGACAACCCCGAAUCAUAACAAACACGCAUAUGAACUCUGACACCACCCUCGAUCGCUCCCUUAAUAUAGUUUAGCAGACCUUGUUCACUGUGCAUCAGAGAUCCUGUCCUUGCCUUGUUUUCCCUCCAUUUAGAAGCACAUCCAUGGAAGAGACUUACUCUCUCCACUACAUCCCCCCAAUUAGGAUUGGAAAUUCUGACCAUCCCCACCUCGAACCAUGCGGUCUCUUCAUAUUGACUGAUGUGUAUUGACAUUGUUGUGGUUGUAUAGUGAAUUGGAGGUUCACGAUCAGAAGGGUUUUUUGAGAAGUACAUAAGAUGUGUUUUCUUGCCUAAAAAGAAUAGUUUUGAAGACUUUUAUAAUUUAAGCAUAACUAUUAUGUUUAUAUUAUUUAGAUGAUAAAACACAAUCUGUAUCACUCCUAAAAGUGGCCAAAUACUGAGUAGUUAAUUUGAAGAGAAUAACCAUUAGUAAACGUGGUUCAGCCAAAAAUAUCAAUUCUGUUAUUUAUUCACCCUCAUGAUGUUCCAAAUUCAUGUGAUUUUCUUACGUCAGUGGAACACAAACGGAGAUAUUUUGAAGAAUUGUACUAGUUGUUGUUUACACAUUA